GCAGUAACUGCCGGGCCUGCGAAGGAUAAAACAGCAAAGUCCCUCAGACUCUGUUCCUGGUACUAAAGGGUCGCGUCGCGUGCGCACGCGCAGGCGUGCAUUCCGAGAUUCAGGACACCGGAACCCAGACUGUCCCUUGCGCUGGCCGUCGUGGCCACCUGGGCGGAUUCUUUUACUUCUCCGGGCUCAAAACAAGUGUUCUGGGUUCCAAAGAGACAGGUCCCGUAACAUCGCUUCAGGCCCAGAAAUCCGACUUUCCAGGAUGUAUUGGACCCAGAGAAGAAAAGUAGAAGUCAGACACUGAUUAGCCCCUGGCGGGAGUGCAGGCUGAUGAACCGUUCUAAACGAGACUGGGCGAGGUCGGCGGAAGCAGAAAUGGACUGUGGAUCCCAGAAAUACUGCGUGGAGUAAUGAUGACUCCAAGUUUGGCCAGAGGAUGCUUGAGAAGAUGGGGUGGUCUAAAGGAAAGGGCUUGGGGGCUCAGGAACAAGGAGCCACAGAGCAUAUUAAAGUUAAAGUUAAAAAUAACCACCUUGGACUUGGAGCUACAAACAAUAACGAAGACAACUGGAUUGCCCACCAGGAUGACUUCAACCAGCUUUUGGCAGCACUCAACACUUGCCACGGUCAGGAAACAGCCGAUUCCUCAGACAACAAGGAAAAGAAAUCUUUUAGCCUUGAAGAAAAAUCCAGAAUCUCCAAAAACCGGGUUCAUUAUAUGAAAUUCACAAAAGGGAAGGAUCUGUCCUCUCGGAGCAAAACUGACCUGGAUUGCAUUUUUGGGAAAAGGAAGAGCAAGAAGCUUGCUCAGGAUGGCUGCAGCAACCCUACUGUGGAUGAGGUAGAUACCUCCAUGACCACGACCACAACCAGUGCCUUCACCAUCCAGGAGUAUUUUGCCAAAAGGAUGGCCCAAUUAAAGAGUAAGCCACAGACCUCAGCUCCAGGGCCUGACCUUUCAGAGACCCCUGUUGAAUGGAAAAGGGAGAAGAAAAAAUUCAAAGAGGCAGUAGGCACAGAUAUAGAGAACUCUCCCCAACACAGGGCCAGGCGGCAUAAAAAGAAAAAGCGUGUGGAAACAGAGAGGGGUCCAGUGGCCAAAAAGAGAGAUGGAGCUGAGCUGCAACCUGCAGGCCCCAGUGAGGACGAGUGCUCCAGUGCCUCUGUCGAAGCUGCAGAAGAUUGUGUACAAACACCAGAUACCCAGGAUGAUGCCCCAAAGCCCAAGAAGAGGAAAACAAAGAAAAAGCUGAAAAGGCCAGGAGAGGUAGCAGUAGACAGCACACUAGACAAAGCACCUGUGAAAAAGAAGAAGAAAGCUUCCAGAUGACCAUUCACUAGCCAGGGCCUCCGACCACUCAGCUGUCAGCACACUGCAGGGCAAAUGCUCUGGCCUGAAGUCAGAGCACAGUGAACCCCAGGCAGCUCAGCAUCUUUUAAGGUGCCCACGGGUUGCUGGCUCUGGCUGUCGUCUGAUCACCACAUUUCCCACAAGUCCUCUUCCUGAGAGAACUGAUUUAAAUGAUCCAGAUCAUGUCUUUCAAUAAAUAAAAUAAAUUUCAAUAAACAAAUAGAUUCUUUUUUAAA